GUACGGAGACAAUAUGGCGGACAGAGCGGCGGACAUGAGUUAAAGAUUUGUAUUACAAAGGUUUAUUCAGUGGAAUUUUGGACAUUUUGGAGAGAUCUUUGGCAAGAUGUUUGGUGAUAAAGCACUUGAGCUUGUGAAGGAACUUAAAAGAGCCAUGGAAGGGACUGUACCACCUUACAACGAGGAUUUGAUUAGGCAAGUCCUUGAGGAAAUGAAGAUUUUGUUUGAGCAGAACCAAAGAGAAGUUGCACUAACAGUUGAGGGAGAAACUGGUUUGUUUUCUGGAGUUCAUCUGAGGCAUGCAAGUUUAGAGAGAAAUAAAAGAUGUCUUCUUUCUUACAUCUAUAAUAGGAUGUUGAGGAUGAAGGACCUCAGGUGGGAGUUUGGAACUGUUUUACCUGAAGACAUCAAAUAUAAUUUAUGUGAACAAGAGGUUCAGUGGUUUACAAAGUACAAUAAAUCACUGGCAACAUACAUGAGGACAGUUGGUUUGGACCUGACACAGGACAUGAAGCCACCAAAGUCACUUUACAUAGAGGUGCGAUGUCUGGAAGAUUAUGGAGAAUUUGAAACAGAAGAUGGAACAGUUUUGUUAUUGAAAAAGAAUAGUCAGCAUUUCCUGCCAAGAUCUCAUUGUGAACAUCUCAUCAGACAAGGAAUCCUUGAACAUAUUCUGUAGAGCAGCAGAGUGGAUGGUCAAAUAUUCAGUAACAACAUUCACAGUCCCCUUAGCAAGCAAAUCAAAACCCUGACAAAGUUUAAUCUGGCAGCCAGAAAUGUGUGCAAUAUCAGAGCUAAUUAAGAGCCAUUUCAAUACAUUUAUAGAACUGAUGAAUUGAAUUUUGGUGAAUGAAAUAACUUGAAAUAAAGACUAUUUUAAACA